CCCACAACAUUGAAAGCGGCCAUUCGUAUAUGCAUUACCGUAGGAUGAACGAUCGUAAGGAAGUUAAUGUUUUCUGUCGCUUAUAUGGACAAAUAUUCAGAUGAAAUCCUAGAAAAUCGUACGAAAAUUAAAAAAUAAAAGAAAAAGAAAAGAAAAAACAAAACGAGCGAAUACACACCACCAUGAAUGUAAAUCAAGAAAAAGAGGAAGAAUCUUCUAAGAUCGAUCAAAAUAAUAAUGUCAUACUGAUCGCGCAUUGAAACGUUUUGAAUGUAUUCUCUAAAAAAAAAAUGGCCUCUCAUAUACAUACGCAAACAAUUUGUUCUGAAAACACAAUGACUGGAGCAGUUUCUACGUUACAAUUACUGAGAAGUUAUAGAUUUCUUGCCCCGAAUUCAGAUAUAUAUAGAUACGAGCCGUAUACUCCUACUCAACAUUGUAAAUUUAACGAAACAAAUAUAUUGUCCAAUUCAACGUCAAUAGAAUCGUCAUUGACGCCAUCGUUGACGACAACUGCUUCUCUUUCUGGAACAUUACCAAUUCCUAGUGGUUUUCUAGUGCAAUCUCCUUUUUUCACAACUAUGACACCGUUAAUGCCAUCGUUAAAUAUACCUCGACGAUAUUCGGAUCUAAUAGAUUCUGAUACGAUUAUGAAUCGACAGUUUAUCAACGAUAAUAAUACACAGAGUAUCAUUAGACGACCUAGAAGUGAGAAAAAGCCUAUUCCGGAUGAUCAAAAAGAUGAAAAGUAUUACGAAAGGCGUAAACGUAAUAAUCAGGCCGCAAAGAAAUCUCGAGACGCACGAAAAAUUCGUGAAGAUCAUAUCGCUUUAAAGGCAACAAUGUUAGAACACGAAAAUGCUAUUUUACGAGCGCAGGUGGUGACCCUUCGAGAGGAAGCUCAAUCGCUUCGACAUAUGUUGCUAAAGCAGCAACAAGCAACUAGGACACAGUCCAUCGAACGUUCUGUAUCUUCAUUGACGUCAGUAACACGAUCAUCGAUGCGAUCUCUCUCUGCAUUGGAUUGCGAACUAUAAAAGGGGAAAAAGGUCUUUAAUUGAUUAAAUAAAGACAAACUAACUACUUCCACCAUAAUUUCUAAUCUCCCAUCGAUCUCCCAAGAUUCUUUGUAAAUUAAUUAAGAUAACAGAACGGAACGGAAUGAAUUAUAAUAAUAAUAUAACAUGCUAAUAUGCGUAAUAUACGUGAACAAAAUGUUCGUUCGUUCUCUAAGAUCUGAAGUAAAAAACAAAAAAGAAGAAAGAAAAAAAGAAGAAAAAAAAAAGACAAAAAAAUGAAAAGAAAGAAAAAGGAUAAAACAUUUCAAUUUAUGAUUACAAAAAUGUAUCUAGGUAUAUUAACAAAACAGAAUUUUUUUUUAUCGUAUCACAUUAUCAAUGUAACUUUAUGAUUGUUACAAAAACGAAAUGUACAUUUUUUUUGUUCUCGUGUUAAAUA